AUGGAAAUUGUUGAAGUUCUCAAUAAAAUGAACAAAGACUACCUUAGAUCAGAUUUCGACAAAAAGUUUAUGCUAAGGUCACUAUUUGUGCAAGUUUUGGCAGGAGAUAGUAAUAAUUUGUGGGAAGAUUUAUACUCUUUUGUGACUACAAACUUGGAUUUUGUACGAUCAGUAAAAGAUGAGGCUGAGUUCAGAUAUUUUGCCAAUCGAUCUAUGAAGGAUCUUCAAAUUUCACUUGAUAACCAGUCAGGAGAUAGAUCGUCAAGCUCAACAUUACGUUUAAGAACUAUUUUUGCUGAACUUUCUGAAAUGUUUUCGUACGUGUUAACUACAUGCUCCACAGAAUCGAACAUGGUGUACGAUAGUGAAUCUGUCACUAUUCCACUUUUACCUUCAUGGUACUGCGGUGUCAGUAAUUUUCAAGACGGGAAAUCAAUUUCUGUCGAUAGUAGUAAAACAAAGAGUAAUCAAAGUUCAUUAUUUUGUUUGUUAGGACAGGAAGAUCAUUCAUUGGAAAAUCUUUUACAAAAAAUUCCAUUCGGUAACUCGAAAUACAGAGCAUUUAAUGAAUACAUAAAGAAUUUAUCAAGUAAUAAAUCCGAAACACCUUCAAAAGAAAUUGAGAAUAUGCGCCCAAAUAAUGGUUUUGAUGCAAUCGUCUACUUUUCAGUCUGUAGAAAAAUGGGAGUUUAUGAGUUUAUGUACUUCACCAGAAAAAAACUCGAGAGCAGAAAUAUAUCACCAUAUGAUCUAGAACCUAUUUUAAGACCAAGGAAUGACGAACCACAUUAUAUAUUCAGUACAUUCGGUAUACUGGUCGCGACUGGAACUGAACAGGAGCAUUUAAGUCUCACAGAAUGGUUUUCAGAAGCAGUUUUAUGCGAAGCUUUAAAGAAAAAUCCCACAUUUUGCUACCUUUCAGCUUGGAAACCCUUUUUCACCUGGCGUCAAAUUACGAGAAGAAGAAAAUUUAAACGGAUACGUAAUAUUUUAUUAAAUAGUUGUCUGCUUGCAAAUCCUUUAUAUGUUCGAUUAUUCCAGGUGGUUCAAAAACUCUUUGAUUCUCUGGAUACUUUGAAAUUCUUUCCGAAUAGCACGUGUCCAUUGAAUAUGGUACAAUUUUGUGCUCACAUUAACCGAAAUAUACGUUACAAUACUAUUUUAAUAUCACAUGUAACAAACUGUAUAUGUAUUGCGUUAAAAUUUGCAAGAUAUGCUCUCGCUAAACUAAUACGUUAUAAAGAAGAUGAAUUAAAUUGGAACUCUAAAGAAAUCAAUCAAACUAUACCAAUGACUGAAACAUGGAAAAAAGGUUUAGUAAUAAAAAAUGAUUUAGAACAAUUACGUAACCAAUUGGAUAAUUUUCCAAAUGUAUUACAUUGUAUCCGUUAUCGACUGGCAAGUUCUCUUUUAUAUAAAUUUCAAUCAAGUAUACAAAACUACAUUUAUAAUGAAUUAAAGUUGAGCAGUAUAGAACAGAAAGAUAAACAAAGAGAGAAUAUUAAAGAAGAUAUAAUUGUGAACAAUUCUCGUUUAGUUAUUUAUCCUGUUUUAUUAAAACAAUCUGAGGAACCAAGUCAAUUACUUCUUUGUCCACCAUCUGUCACUAUGGUAACUAUUUUCAAUUUAACAUUUGAACAAUUCAAAGAAUCAUUACAUUUAAACAAAAUCAUAUUAGAAAAUCAACUUACUCAAAUCUAUUUCAAUGAAGAGAAAGAAAUUGAUAAUAUUUGUGAAAUCAUUGAUAAUCAAGUUGAUAUUCAUUCUAUCAUUCAAAUGUUUUAUAAAAAUUCUAAUUUAAUGAAUAGAAAUUAUUUAAAACAUACAACUAUGAUUUCAUGGAAUAGAAUGAAUCCAAAUGGUUUAGAAGUAACCAAUGUGUCUAUUCGUGAUAUGGUUAAUUGUUAUCUACCAAGUUAUACAGAAUUUGUGAAAGGCCUUAUACCUGAACAUCAGUUUCACUAUAAUCAGUCGAUAUUAUCUGGUAUGGAUCUGGAUCAAUCCCAUCUUAAUAUUAGUGGUCAUAAUUACUUCCCUACCAUUGAAAAUGCAUCUCAGAUGGGAUUACAUUCUCUUAUUGAGCAACAAUGUGAAGCGAUGAAACUUUAUGACUGUUUAAUGACUUCAUGGAGUGACAGAAUACAUGAAAAGACGAAUGAUAUAAUUCUAUCUUUACAAUGGAUUAUCAAUAUGGAUGAAACAAUAAAUGAGUUAAGUAUACUAUUAAGAAAUGAAGAUUUACAUACAGAAUUUCAUAAACAUCAACGCUUAUUCCAAACAUCAUUUCAAUUGGUCAAUCGUUUAAUAAAUCACGUUAAAUAUGAAAGUCUUUUAAAUGACAAUAAUGAUAAUAAUAAUAAUUUACAAUGCUUCAUUUUAAUUGACUAUAAUCCAUUAUUUAAUUUAUUAUAUAAUGAAAUUACAGAGAAAUUAAGUAAAUUAUUUACAAUAUUUAUAACAAUAGUUCAAAAUUCAUUAAUAUCAAUCAAUAAACAAUUGGAUGAUUUUAUUCAAAUACAUACAAAUAUUCAAUCUGAUUUUAAUGGAUUCAUACAAGUUGUUACCUAUUUAAAUCGUGUACAUAAUUGUCAUGUGAAAUUAUUUAAAGACCAUGAUAAUCUAUGUCGUCAAGUUGAAUUUAUACAACAUUUUCAAAAAUGUUUAAACCAUUGUGAAGAAUUAAAAUUCAUUCAACUUGUUAAAUGGUCACAAUAUGAACAGUUUAUAAUUAAAUGGAAAAAGUUUACAAAUCAAAUUGAAUGGGCUAGAAAAAAAUUUCGAAGACAUCAAGAAGAAUUCUAUCAAGUUUAUAAUAAAAAAGUUGAGGAAACUAUAAAAGAAGUUGAACGUUUAGUUCAUUUACUUACAACUGGCAAAUAUUCUGAUGUUAAUAAUGAUGCACAAAUGAUACUGAAUGACAUGAAGGAACCAUAUUGUUAUGUCAUAAAAUUAGAAAGUUCUAUUCAUCAACUUAUAGAUCAACAUAAAACUGUUCAAAAUUGUGAAUAUAAUGAGAAACAAUUUGAAAAAGCUAAAAUUGAUAAAAUGAAUCUAUCCUAUUCAUCAAAUAGAUCAUUGAUGAAUACAACGAUUACAUUGGAUAAUACACUUUAUAUUACAGAUAAUUGUCAAGUUAAUUUUAAACAUAUAAAACAAUCAUGUAAAUAUUUUAAUGAAAAAAAUAAUAUUUUAUUACAUAUUGAUAAUGAAAUGAAAAAAGUCAAUUGUAGAUAUGAGGCAUGGCAACUAAAUUUGAAAAUUGAUACAUUUAAACAAGAGUUAUAUAAAUCAAGAUUAGGAGAAAUACCUUUAAAUAUGUUCAAUGAGAAAUAUCAAGAACUCGUUUCAUUACGUAACCAUUUAAGAAAUGAUGAUGUAGUUGUUCAGUAUGAUACGAAAUGUUUGAAUGAAAUGGAAAAAUUAUUGAAACUCUUAAGUUAUAUUUUGGAUACAGAAUUAUUGUCUUUCUCAUCAGAAUAUUGGAAUCAUUGUUCAAAACUAUUGAAUAUCUCAAUCAAUAUCAAUUGGAAAAAUUGUACAAUCAGUGAUUUAAUCAAUAAUCCUAAGUCUAAUUUAUUCAAACAAGAAUAUCAAUUAAAGGAAAUCAAUAAUAUAUUUCAAUAUUUAUUAUCGAUUUAUCAAAUUAAAACAACAAUUGAAAAUCAAUUCAAAUCAUUAAAUAUUCAAUUUAUAUCAAUGAAAUCAUAUUCAGAAUUGAUUAAAUCUAUUCAUUUAUCAUUUCGUAAUGAAUAUAUUGAUCAAAUGAAUCAGGAUCUUUCUGGAAGGUAUUCAUCCAGAAGUAAUCGUUGUACAACAGAAAUUCCCUAUCCAUGGAUAUUCUUGAAUAUUGACAAUUUAAUUGAAAAAUUAUGUGAAUUAUCAAAUAAACUUCAAAGUUUAUUAGAUUCUGAACUUUUGAAUAGAAUAAAACAAAAUGAAACAACAAAUGAGUAUCUACUUGAAAAUGAUUACUACUUAAUGAAGAAAUUAAAUCAAACAAAGAAUACAUUAUGUAAUAUAAAGUUAAUACAAGAUUAUUGGUUAUAUUUAUAUCGAUUAUAUUCAUUAAAACAAAGUGAUGAAGAAUGUAACUCAAAUCAAUUCAUUAUAUUAACUGAUAAUUAUGUACAUUUGGAAAAUGAUAUACUACUAAAUAAUGAUCGAGUAAUAUCUGUUCAAUCUAUCGAAUAUGAAGAUAAUGAAUUAAUUCAAAUAAAUUGUAUAAAUUUACAAUGUUUUAUUGAAAUUGUUCAUAGUAAAUGGGAUUUAUGGUUAAUCUUAAAGAAUGGUCUUUAUGAACAUGUUAGUAUGUUUGAGAAAUCAAUCGAUGAAAUGUGUGAGACAUUUCCAUUAUUUUGUUUAUUAUCCAAAAUGGAAAGAAUUGAACUCCUAAGUAAUUGGUCCAUUCCAUAUUGUGAUUAUGCAGCUCCACUGAAAUGUUCUGUUGAGGACUUUACUGAUCAAAAACAAAAUUCUUACCAGUCUUCUUUAGAUACUAAUUAUGGAUUAGUCAAUCUGAAUAAAUGGAUAAAACGCUUAUUUCCAUAUCUGUUAGAUUGUGUAAUGAUAUGGUGUAAAGCAGAGAAAUGUUGGAAGAUUACUGGAGUAAUUAAUGAAUUCCAUCAACAUAUUGAACUAUUAGAUUCACUUAAAUGGAUUCCAUCAAUUAAUCAAUGGUUUACACAAUUUUAUUCAACAUUACAAUUAACAUUCUUAAGAAUGACAUUGAAUUCCUUGUUAAAUGCCGAAAGAAACCAUAAAUGGAUAAAUGAGUGCAUCAGAAAGAAACAAUUAAUACCUGUCAUUAUUUUAGAAUUAACUAUACGACUUAUGAAUUGGCAAAAAUUAGAGAAAAUUAUAAUAAAAGAAGAUCGAAGAGAUGAAUUCGUUAAAAUAAUUUCAACAUUAAAUCCUGAAAGGAAUGAGUACUUUUCGAAUGAAUUAAAUGAGUACAAUGAUAUUCCGACAAUUGGGAUCAAACAAUUUUCGACAAUUCAUCCUUAUAAAUGGGAUAAUCAAAGUUUACUAAUCAAUAAUAACACAUUAUAUAUACCGUUAUUAAAUACUUCACAAGAAUUAAUUCAACUUGGAUCAGCGUUGAAUAAUCAUGAGUUUGGACUAUUAAUUGGAUCAUUUGGAAGUGGUAAACAAACAAUAAUUCGUCAACUUGCUUUUUUACUUGGUCGUCGUCUUAUAGAAUUUUCAUUUAACAUCUUCAAUGAUACAUUUGAGAAUACAUUAAAAAAUGAUAUUCUUAGUUGCAUACGAAUUGGUUGUUUAUUUUCAAUAAUGAAUAUGCAUAACUUAAAAUUUGGAGAAUUGGAAAUCGUGAUAAACUGUUUGAAUGAAGUUCGAAAGUGUAAUUUUAUGAGCAACGGUCGGAUUCAAUUUGCAGAUUUUACAAAGAAUCUUCAACAAUCUAUUGAGAACAUUGAUAAAAAUAGUCACAAGUUAAUCACUUAUCAUUGUAAUCAAUAUAUUUCUGAACCGAAACAAUGUUUAUUUAAUCAAAGUAUCAGAAUCGAUUGCAGUUUUGGGUUAUUCGGUACAUAUGAUUCUCGAAAAUUUCAAAAUCUGCCAAAAGUACAAAAACUUUCGUUUCGUAAUGUAACCAUUGGAUGGCCAAAUUAUUCAUUUAUUAUACAAUGUCUUUUCAAAUAUUAUUUACCUGAAUAUCAAAGUUCUUCAAUAAAGCAUCGAUUAGUCAAUUUGUUGAAUAGAUCUUUAACAUAUUUUACAAAUGAAUCAGUUCUUCAUUAUAAACAAACAAAUACCUACUACUUAUCACUUUCAACUAUUAUCAAAACAUUUGAAUAUGCUAAACAAUUUUGGUUAGAAAAAUUUAAUCAUCUUCAAGAUAUACGUAAACAUACUGCACUCAAAUCAUUAGUAAUAUUGAGAAAGGAAGAAGACAGAUUAGCUGAAAUUGCAAUACGAUAUGGAUUAUUUAAAGCUUAUAGAAUAAAUUUAUCUAUGGAUUGUAUGAAAGAUAAUUUCAAGAAAGUUGUAUUACAAUCCAGCUUAGAUUUUGAUUGGUUAUCAACCAUUGAGCAAUAUUUAUCUUUGAAUUCUGCAUUACCUUUCAUGUCUGGUAAUGAAGAAUGUUUAAAAUGUGAUGAUAAUAAUAAUAUGUAUCCAAAAGUUUCAUGGGAAUUUAUUUAUCGAUUGUUAAGAGAAAUGUAUGUACGUAAUUUGGAAAUAGUUAAUGGUCAGUUAAUAAAGAUAAUUGAAUUAUGGCAACUAAUAAAUGUAAAUCGUCCAAUUUUAAUUAUUGGCUCAGUUGGAUCAGGUAAAAGUACCAUUUUAAAAAUACUUAUUUCUACAAUCAAUUGGUAUCAUUGUACAAAGAGUAAACAAAUGAAUAAGUAUUUAUCAUCAUUAUCCGAGUCAACAUUAUUAUCAACAUACAAAUCAUCAUCAUCACCAUCAUCAACAACAUCAUCAUCAUCAUCAUCAUCGGGAUCGGCAUCAUCUGAAUUGUCAUCAUCAACACCAACAUCAUCAUUAUCAAAACAAUUAAAUUCAUCUUCAAUUUCAAAUGAGGAAAACAAUAACAAUCAAGAAAUAAAUAAUGAUGUUGAUAUGAAGAUAUUCAAUAUACCAGAUCAAUUGAAUUCAUAUCUUAAUAAGUUUAAUCUUAUUUCAACAACACAUUCCAAUAUAAAACAAUUUGAUGUAUAUAAUAAAAUAAUUUCAUUAAAACACUUAUUUCCAUAUUCAAAUGAACAUUUAACAAGUUUGUUUUUAAAUGAUGAUAAUAAUGUUACUAAAUUAGAAGUGGAUAUAUCAAAUAUAUUUGAAGAAUGGAUAUUGUUAGAUUUAAGUGACCAGUCUAUUGAACAUUUGACAUUUUUAAAUAAUGGUAACAUUUUGAAUUUAUUGAAAGCAGUUAAAACUUUUAAAUUCACAAGAAAAUUAUUCAUAGAAAAGACAACAAUAGAUGAUUUAUCUCCAGGUUUAAUUCAUCAAUUUUCAAUAUUGUCAACUGAAGUUAAUAAUGAAUUGAAUUGGUCACAUAUAUGGAGAAUUUGGCGUAAAACAAGUUAUUUAUCAUAUAUGGUUAUAAAUUAUAUAUGGGAUAAAAUUCUUAAUGAACUAGAUAAUCAUAUCCCAAAAAUAUUAGAUCGAAUUUGGGAGUUAAUGAAUCAAUGGUGUCACAAUGAAGAAGGCUUUUUAAAUAUCAAGUCUUAUAAGAAUGCAUUUUGUCAACAAAGUAUUAAAAACUCUUUAGCUUUGAUGUCUGAACUAUUGAACAAAUACUUUCCAAGAGAAUUAUGGGAAUUACGUAAAGAUGGCAUAAAACCAUCAUCUGUUUAUCAAUCAAAUCUUACAUUAAUUGAUUAUUAUUGGUCCGAAUGGCGAAACAUUGAAGACCAACCAGUAUUUUAUGAAAUCUUGAUAAGAAAUUUAUUUUUAUUCUCAUUUAUUUGGGGUAUUGGUGGUGGAUUAGCUGGUGAUCCAAGAUUAAAAUCACGAUUUGAAACAAUCAUGUUAAGAAUAUUAAAGGAUUUUAUUAGAUUACCUAAUUCACUGAAUAUUCAUUCCAUAGACAAUUCAUCAUUCACAUUAUCUAUUGAAUCCUAUUAUACAAAUCAAAUGAAUUAUUGUACAAGUAUGAAAUGGAAUAAUAAUAAUAAUCAUAAUCAUGAAAAUGAAUAUGAAAAUAUCAAAGAAUUUCAAUAUAGUUUAUUUAAUUGUCUUAUUGAUUUAAGAACUGGUUAUUUAACACCAUUUUGGUAUACAGAUUAUUUACAAUUACAUUGGCCAGAAGAAUAUGAUAUCAUACAUCCAAAUGGAAAUACUUAUCAUAGUAAACCAUUAUUACCAACAUUAUUUCAUCUUACAGUUCAUUUAUUUACUGGUUCAUUAUUCAUACAAUCUGGUCGACCAGUAAUAAUUUCCGGUCCAUUUGGUUCAGGUAAAUCACAACUUGCAAUUGCUAUAUGUCAAAAUUCAGAACGAUCUAAACAAUUAAUUAGUUCAUAUGAUAAUAAUAAUAAAACGGGGAAAAAGUGUACAAGUUCAUUUCGAAUACAAUCAAAUGAUUUUCUACAUAGAAUCAUUUCUAAUUCACAAAAAACUAAUAAUCAAUAUCCAAAACAAAUAUUUGAUAAAAAAAUCAAUUUAAUGCAUAAUGUUAUCAUUUUAGAAGAUGUACAUCUGAUUUCCAAAACAGCGACAACACAACGAAUAUGGAAUCAAGAAUUACGUAAUCAAUUAACUACUUGUAAUCUUAAUCAUAAUAAUUACUCUAAAGCAAAAUAUAAUUUUAUUCCAAUCUUAACAUCUUUGGAUCAUGAUCAUCAACUACAUUUCUCAACAAAAUUAAAUAGUUUAAUGUAUCAAUUCGCAUAUAUCAGUUUAACAGACCCUUGUUUAUUAUUUGUAAAAGAGAUGAAUAUCAAUGGAUUCCUCUAUGAACAAAAUAUUUAUGGUUUUAGUCCAAUAAGUUUACUUUGUCAAUCAAUGAUGUGUCAUUCAUUGUCAAGAAUAAGUGGAAUGUUAGUUGAGAGAUUCAGUUGGAUAAUAUGGUACAUGCAUUGUGCUUUAAUGAAAGAACGUUGUACUUAUAAUAAUACAAAAGUAGAUUGGUUAAUCAUGCAUAAGAUUGCACAUUCUAUAGGAUACCAUUUAAAAAACUAUUAUCCAUGCAAAUCAACUGAUGAAAUCCCAUUGAAUAGUACAAUUGUAUCAGACAAUAUAAAUAGAUAUAUUUAUUCAAGAUGGACACCUUUAUUGAUAAGUGAAUCGAUUCAUCUCAAUUCAAAAAAUCAAAUCAGUAACAUUUUGCAAUCAGUGUUGUUUUUAUGUCAAGAGAUCAAACGAUAUUUUAGUCCAUUAUUACCUAAAGAUUUAUGUUCAGAAUGGUUAUUUAAUAAUUUAUCGAAAUCCAUUGAUUAUUAUUUAAUGAAACCAUCUUCAUUAGGUCUUUUAGUUCCAAUUUCAUACCUUCUAUUUGGACCAGCUGGAAGUCUUUUCCUUGAUUCAAAAAUCACCAGACAGUCUAUUUUACAUUUAAGCAAACAUUCUUUGACAAAACUGACAAAUACAUCCUCAUCUGUUGUAUCUCAACGUGUUUGUAAUGAAAGUGGAUUUUCGGUCAAUUCAACUUCCUCUCCUUCUGUAUCUUGUUCAACACUAACAACAUCUUUCAGUUAUUCUUCAUGUUAUUCUAACUCAAUUACCUCUUCGUCUAUACCAACCACAUCUAUAACCGAUAGUUCUUUUUCGACACAAUUAUUCAACACUUUUUCAACAUCUACUCAAUAUAAUUCGAACAAUUAUACUACAUCAAAUUAUUCCACUACUUCAGUAUUUACUUCUUUAUCUGAUUCGUUAGUAUAUGGAUCUUCUUUAACUUCUAUGCCUAUUCUAUCUUCUUCCGUGCUCUCUUUACCGAACUCACGCAUUGAUACAGUCAUGACUACUACUACUUCUACUAUGUCUAUAGUGAAUUCAUUUUCUACUCCACCUACCAUCUCAACAUCAACAUUUUCAACCACUUUAUUGACAAAUGAACUUUCCAAUAUGUCACUCCAGGAGGCUGAACAAGAAAAAAAAGAAGAGAAACAGAUUAUUUCAACUGAAUCAAUAUCUAUUAAUGAUAAUGAUAUAAAUUAUGAAUUUAGUACACAAAUCGAACAGUUAUGUUCGAAGUUGAAUGAUGAAACAGAAACUAGUUUAUCAAAUUAUAAAAGACCGAUCUAUUCAUCAUUCUAUGAAAAAUAUGAUGAAAAGUGUAAUAAAAGUCAUCGAAGUUGGGCAAAGUAUGGUUUAUUAAAUCCUCAUCUUAUACCAUGUAUCAGUUUGCCAGGAUGUUUGGAUCAGACCAAUGAUUUAGAAGCUAUAUUUGUUAAUUUAAAAAAUGACUUAUCUAUAUGUGAUAUAGAAAUCAACAGUUAUGAUUCAGUAUUACAGUAUAUGAUUAGAAAUGCAAUAAAUUUAAUUCACAGUUCAUUAACUCAUAAUCCUUGUUAUAUACUACUGAAUAAUUCUACUAAUUGUAAAACAUAUGGAGUCAAUUUUCAUAUACAAAAACAAAUUAUCAAAUGUAUUAUGAAAUUAAAAAAUUAUCAUAAAAUUUAUUAUACAAAAUGUUUAAUAGAAUUUUUAAUAAAAUUGAAUCAAAAUUCUAAUGAAAAAUUUUGGGAUCAUUAUAAAGAAUAUGAAAUGAUUAUUAUUGAUUUGUCCGAUCAAAAUGUAAACCAGACCUUCUAUGAUGAUGAUGAUCAUCAUGAUGAUGAUCAUUAUAAUAACAAUAUUGAUGAGAUUAAUGAUGGUGACAAUGAUGAUGAUGUAAAUGUGUUACUUUUAUUGAUACAAAGAUUACAGGAACUACGUUUUGAUUUACCAUGGAAUGAAAUGAAUUAUGAUAAGCUGAAAGGAAUUUUUGUUAUUGCUUCAAAGGAUGAUAUAAUAUAUAAUCAACUCAUACAAUAUAUAUCAUGGGAUUGUGUUAUCAAUUUCAAUGAAAUAACAAAUGAUUUACAACAUAUGAAUAUAGAAUUUAAAAGUAUUACUAAUCAUAUAGAUUUUGAUUCAAAAUCUAUAUUGAAACGUUUCUUAUAUAAUUAUGAUUUCUUAUUAAACAAUAAUAAUGAUAAGAAUCAUUUCAUUUUAUAUGAAUUAUUCAUUGAAGCUUAUUUAUUAAUUUAUCAUUAUUUAAAUGAAAAUAUCAAUGAUAUUCAUAGACAACAAACAUUAUUCAAUAAUCAAUAUUCAUUCAAUUACAUUAUACAAACAAUCAAUGUUUGGUAUUAUCUUCAAUAUGAUCGUAAUGAACAAUAUAAUAAUCCAUUCAAUGAUACUAAUUUACUUUAUAAUUCAAUGAAGAAUAAUUAUGAUUUAUUAGAGAAUCAAAUCAUUCAAGCUAAUUCUAUAUUAGAAUUAAUGAGAAAAGAUUUAUCUAAUUAUCAAGAGAUAUAUUUACCUGAAGCUAAAUUAAAUUAUACAAAUACAAAUGAACAUUUACAAUAUUUAGAAAAUGAAAUUUUACAUAAAGAAAAUGAAUUAAUGAAUAUGAAGAAACCAAUGGAUCAUGUGAAGAAAUUAGCUGAAAAUGAAUUUCAUAAAUUAAAAAAUGCUUAUCGUUUAGCUGUUCAAGGGUUACAUAAUUUAUCCAUUGAAGAUUUAGAUGAAAUACGAUCAUAUCGUGAACCACCAGAUGACGUGAAAAAUUGUGUCUAUUUAAUUUGUAUGCUUAUGGAUGAAGAGGAAAAUUGGGAAAAUGCAAAACACAUGAUGGUCCCAGUCAAAUUUAUUAGUAAAAUCUUGAAACUUUCCAUUCAAUCAAUUAAUAAACAUAAACAUAAUGAAUUAAGAAAACGUUUAAAUAAUUCAAGCAUAUUAACAUUUGAAAAUUUAUUACAGGUAAGUGUUGCUGCUGCCCGAUUAUGUCAAUGGUUAAGAGCAUUAUGUGAUUGCUGUGAUGCUGGAGAACGUUUACAGAAUCACAUUGAUGAUUAUUCUUCAAUUGAAGCACAAGUUAGACGAAAUGAAUCAGCAUUAGGCAAUUUACAUUUAUCAUUACAACUAACAAAAAUAAACAUAGAAAUGGCUAAUAAUCAUUUAGUUGGAUGUGAACAUCAAAUUAAACGUCUUUCAGAGAAUAUCGAUAUAUUAGAUUAUAAAAUUCAUGAAGCUAAAGCAUUGGCAUCAACUAUACAGAGUAAUUUAUUUGAAUUAUACAAUGAUACUAGCAAUCAUGAUGCAACUAAAAAUUUGUCAUUUUGGUUCAAUAUACUCGGAGCAUUGGGGACAGUGUAUUGUCAAACAUUACCAAUUAAGCAUAGAUCUUCAUUGUGGAAUAAUUUCAAAACUCUUGUUUGGAAUAAAAUGAAGGAAGUCUAUCACCAAACUACGAACGAUGCAGAGGAAAAUCUAAUAAAAUGUGAAAAAUUUCUUCAAAAUUUACCAUUGUUUAGAAUUAUUCAAGCAAAACCGUACGAACUAAUGAAAUGGUUUACAUUGAACAAAAACUUUCCACCAGAAUUAAUACUUUUAUAUAAUAAUCAACAUAUUAGUUAUACACUUGAAGCGAUCCUAUCUAUACUUACAAUUCUAUGGUCGAUUAGAUAUGCUCAUACUAAACAGUGUGAUAACAAUAAUGUGGAUGAAUCAAUGUUAUAUCUGUUUAUUUACGAUCCAGAUCUAACUGGUAUCAAUGUAAUAAAAUCAUUAUUACUAACAAAAGAUGAUACUGAUGAAAGUGAUAACAUUUCUUCAAGCAAAAAAGAUCAAUUAAUUUGUGAUCUUUACAUAGAUAUGAAAGAAUUUAUAUCCAAUUUUAACUACGCCAUUCAUACAAAUAAAAUAAUCUUCAUUAAUGUGGAUCAAUUUCAUAGUUUUAAUGCAAAAGAAAAUAUUAACUAUUUAUUAAGAUUUUAUUUUAACCAAGUCUUCAAUAAAAAUAUAUCCAGUACAAAAAAUAGUCAAAUUGUUUUAUGGACAUCAUUUAGUCAAUAUAACGAAAUUGGAUUUAAAUGUAGACAGAAAUUUUGCCAAGUUGAUUUUAUAUCAAUUGAUUUAGGCUUAUCUCAUUUGGAAUGUGGCAGUGCAUUAACAAGUUGUUUGUUAGAUCUAUUGCCUAACUGUAAUAUUCUUAAUUCACUUCAAAAAUUAAGGAUUCAUGAAAUUGAAACUUUUGAAAAGAUUUGUGAAGAUAAAAUUCAACUAUUGAAUAUAUCAAAUGAAUUAACAAAUUACAAAUUAUUCCAUUCUGAUAUAAAUAAUUCAAUGACCAAUACUAAUUCAAUUCAAUUCAAUGUAGAUUGUUUAAAUUUAACAAGACAACAUAUUGAAUUAGUUAAAAUCUUUUCAAGAUUAUCAAGUAAUAUGAUGCAUUUAAAUGAAUUACAAUUACAACAUGAACAUUUAAACAAUCAACUUAGUAUAUUUACCAAUCAAAAUAAUACAAAUGGAUGUAUCAUAAAUUUUACUCGUAAAAUAUCAUUAUUAUUCCAUAGUUUAGAAGAUAUACAAUAUAAAGAUUAUAUUUCAUUUCGUUGGCCAUGUAAACGAUUGUGUGAAUAUAUUCUAUCAAAAUAUGAUCAAAGUUUAUAUUCUUCCCAUUUGGAAAAUGUUAAUGAAAUCAACUCUCCAUCUGAUUUAUUCAUCAGUUAUGAACAUGAAAUACAAGAAAUUGGUCGACGCAUUAUACAUAUGUUAUUGGAAUUCUUUCUCAAUUCUUUAAACACUUGGAACAAUCCAUUAGGAUUAAUAAUACAAAUAAAAAUUUCAAUAUAUUUUAAUAUACUUCAAUAUUCUAAAUUAACUAUUUAUGAAUUACAUAAUCCAGAUCAGAUAACUGAGAUUGAUCUAUUUAAACAGAUCAUUUUCAGUAAUAUUUUUACGUGUGAAUAUAACUAUCAACAUUGUUUCAAUCACAAUAAAUCAGAGGUUCUUAAACGUAUUCAACUGUUGGAAGAAAAAUUGCCAACUUUAAAAGGUUUAGAAAAAGCAUUAAUGAGUGAGCCACUAAUAUGGACUGAAAUAGUUGAGACAAAGUUGAAUUUUUUUCAUUCAUUGCCUGGAUUCUCUACGAAACUACCAAUACCUGAAUCACAUGUAUUUUUAGUUUGGAUUUCAAUAAGACCUGACCUAUUUCACAUCAUAUCAAAAGUUUUCGUAAAUCAUAUAAUGGCUCAACACAUUACAGUAAAUAAUAAUAAAGAAUAUUCUAGUAGAUCAUUUGAAGCUGAAAAGCAUUUACGUAUCGAUGAAUUGUUUCAACCACAAAUUAUGAAAAGAGUACGAAGGUUUUAUUCAAAUGAAAAUGACUUCUCAUCUUCAGUUAUUUAUUUAAUCCUUCCAAACGAACUGAAUGAAUUCAAACAUAAAGAUUUCUUUGCUCAUGAUAAAUCUGGAAAAGUAGUUGUUUCAAAUGGAUUAAUAAAUACAUUGAAUAAGAUGGCGAUAUAUUCAAAUAGAACUUUGUUUCCUAUUGACUGUGCAAAUACUACUGAUAUCUCCUACUGGUUAUCAGUAUGUGGAUCCAAUACAAAUAUACUUCCAUAUCAAAGAGUUUUAAUUGUUCUUCAAAAUGUACACAUUAUUCACAAGAGAAUGGAUAUACUAUUAGAUGAAUUAUUACAAUAUGGUCUUUAUAAUUUAAGGUAUAAACAAAUUUAUCAUUUACAAAAUCAAGAAAAGCUUAUAUUAAUCAAUAAACUUGGAAUAUGUUUUGAUAUUAUAAUUGAUUUCACAUGUUGUACAUCCGAAAAGCAAAUAGUAUCCGUGUAUAAUAGAUUACCGGGUUGGUUAAGAUUAAAAUGUCUACCGUUGUUAUUCCAAUAUGAGAGUGAUCAGUUGUUAUUUACUACGAGUUCGUGGAAAGUGACCUCAUUGGUAAAGAAAAAAGAAAAGCCGAUUUGCUAUCCACAGGAAAAUGUCAAUGACUCUAUAAACGAACAAAAUUCACAGUUGUGUUUAGAAGAGUCUGAUGGAUUAUAUGAGAAAAUUGAAUCUGACAAACUUUACGAAUGUAUAUACAACAAACAAGACAUGGAUAAACGAAAACAAUCGAUAGAUACAAUUUGGGCUACGAUUGAGAAAGAAUUAAUGAUACUUGAAACAACCUUCAAAGAAUUGGAAUCACGUUAUUUAUCAUCAUCGUCAUCAUCACCACCAUCAUCGGCAUCAUCAUCAUUGUCCAUUAAAAAUACUUCACCUAUAUUUAUGUUGACAUCUCAGUAUUACGCAUAUUUACGAUCUAUAAAAUAUUAUCAUCAUUAUGCCAGAAAAUAUCCAUCAAACAAUUACAAAUUAUUUAUAUGGUUAAAACAUCAAUUAUUAAUUGCAAAACACUUUUAUCAAUUAAUGAAUUCAUGGGAUAUAAAGAAAUUAAUUGGUUUAACAUUACCAGCUUCAAUUAUUGUUAAUCCUAAAUCAUUAUUUGAUUGGAUUCUAUAUUCUACAUUAAAUAAUUCAAUGGAACAAUAUCAUAUAAUAUCUACUAUUCGAAAGCCAGGAGACAAAGAAAUAUUUAAAAAUGGAUUAAUUAUCACUUCUAUUCGUUUAAUAAUUCAUAGAAAUACUAAAAAGCGUAUUCAUAAUCAAACGGAGUAUAAUUUAAGUAGUCUAUUAAAAAUUACUAAAGUAAUUAGUUUACAAUUAACAACUGUAUCUAAUGAAAUAUUCAACAAAAUGAAUUAUAUCAAUGCUAAAUGGAUUAAAUCAUGGCCUCCUAAUAAAGAUGAAAUAUGUCCAAAACUACCUAUAUUAUUAACAAAUUAUAAUGAAUUAUCAAAGAUUUACAUUAUAACUGAUUACAAUUUGUAA